AUGGAGAAUGGAGAAGAUGAAGAUGAAGAUGAUCUUUCUGAAGCAUCAUUUUAUCAAUCACAAUUACAUACAGUACAAUUAAGAAAUAAAUUAGUCAAUCAACAAUCAGGUAGUCGUGCACCAACAAUGACUAUAGAUGUUGUACGUGUUGGUAGACCAUUAAAAAUUUUAGCUUUAUUAUUAUCAUUAAUUAGUAUAUUAUUAUUUAUUGUUGGCUCAGUCAGUACAUCAUGGAUUCAUAUUCAUUUUAAAUCAAUUGGUUUAUUUCAACAAUGUGAUAGUCUAUUAAAACAAUUCAAUCACAAUAAUAAUAAUAAUAAUGAUCAAUUAUUCAUGAAUACAUAUAAUAAUGAAUUAAAUGAGAUUGAAAAAAUUUGUCAAUUUCGUGAUUUUCUAAAUGUUAAAGUACUUAUCAUUAUUAUCUUAGAUUUGAUUGCUUUGAUCUUAGCAAUAAUUGGAAGUUCUUUACUAUUAAGUGGAAUAUUUUCAUUGAAUAUUAAACGUAAACGUACAUUUUAUCAUAUAUCAAUUGUAUUGCAUAUACUUUCAUGUAUCACAAUAUUAUCAGCAUUAAUUACCUUAGUGAUUGAAUGUAUGAAUGAAGCAAAUCAGAAUUCAUCAUCAUCAUUAGAGAAUCAAUCAACUAUUACAGUUGGUUGGUCAUUGAUUAUUGUUUGUUGUGGAAUAUUUAUACUUGGUAUAUCAGUUUGUCUUGUUUUAUUUGAUAGAGGUGGUGAAGAAAUUGAAUAUCGUGAAACAAUUCAUCGAUCAUCAAAUUAUAUAGGAGAUUCAUAGAGAGAUAGAAAGACAGAAGAAAAAAGAGUAAUAACCAAGAAGGAAAAAGAAAUGAUAUUGGAAUGGGGAUGGAGUAAUUCAAGUUAAUAAGCAUCUAACUAUCUAUGGUGCAUAUAAAUAUUGAUUUUUGAUUUUCUGUAGACAAAACAUGCACAAAACACAUAUACAUACAUUAUAGAUUUGUAUGCACAUAUACACAUAUACGAUGCCUUAAUUUGUAUUCAGAUCAUAUUGAAUUGGCCAAUUAGUAUCAAAUGUUCUUUGUUUUUUUGAAUAUUCUAUAGGGAUUUCGAAACUGAAAUUAGUCUCAGUUGACUAUUUACAUUCACCAAUAGCAUAUCUGCUUGGUUUAAAUGUGUUUGCGAUUUUGUUGGCACAAGGAAAAGGAAAGAAACAAGAAUUGUGAAAUAAACUACAUCUUCUUUAGCCUUUCCUUAUAUAAAAAUUUAUAUUCUUAACAUGAUAUAGAAAGGUUGAAGUGUAAGUAGGC